AUGGCUUGCGAAAGCAGCGACGAGUAUUUAAAACGGUUUUGGGAAUUAGAGGAAAUUCCAAAUGCAGACUUAAGAACAGUAGAAGAAAGGCGUUGUGAGCGACAUUAUGAUUCAACUUGCACCCGCGAUAAAACAGGACGAUACAUCGUUAGGUUACCACUGAAAAAUGAUCGAGAAACGUUAGGUGAAUCCAGAAAGAUGGCAUUAAAACGGUUCUUUUCAUUGGAACAACGAUUUAAAAAGAAUCCAACACUAAAGCAAGAGUAUGUGAACUUUAUGCAAGAAGACAUUAAGCUGGGUCACAUGAAAGAAGUUAAUGAAAAACCAAAGAGGAAGGUAUAUUAUUUGCCGCAUCAUGCAGUUAUUAAAGAAGACAGCACGACAACAAAACUUCGAGUGAUGUUUGACGCGUCCGCAAAAACAACAUCAGGACAAUCACUGAACAGUAUUAUGAUGACUCCAGCGCAUGAUAGUCUUAACUUUACAGAAACCAACUCAGAGACGGCAACAACCAAAGCAGAUUCAGACAUUCAAGACAUGUUACCAUUGGGAAACCUUGUCAGAAAUAAAGAAGUAGUUCCGACAAAUUCUACUGUAGGAGAUCCUAGAACGCGACGACAAUGGUUAGCAGCUAGGCAAUCAAAAUCGACAGUUCUUGCUAUAUUGUUGGCAUAUCUCACAUUAGGAACUACAUUAUCAACAUCAGCCAAUAAUCAUACAUCACCGUCCACUUACGAUGUCGCUUGGUCUUGCACAUAA